AUGGGUAAAAUUAAGAAGAAGGGUACCUCUGGCCAGGCCAAAAACUAUAUCACUCGUACCCAGGCCGUGCGCAAACUUCAGAUUUCUUUGCCUGAUUUCCGUCGCCUGUGUAUUUUCAAGGGUAUCUACCCUCGUGAGCCUCGUAACAAGAAGAAGGCUUCCAAGACUUCGACACCCAACACUACCUUCUACUACACCAAGGACAUUUCGUAUCUCCUCCAUGAGCCUCUGCUGAACAAGUUCCGUGAUCAGAAGGCCCUUGCCAAGAAGAUCGCUCGUUCCCUCGGUCGUGGUGAAGUUAGCGAUGCUGCGCGCUUGGAGAAGACUCAUGCCCCCAAGCUCACUCUGGACCAUGUCAUCAAGGAGCGUUACCCUACUUUCAUUGACGCCCUCCGUGACCUCGACGAUGCUUUGUCUUUGCUCUUCCUCUUCGCCACUCUCCCCUCUACCACCCACGUGCCUCACAAGACCAUUGCCAUGUGCCAGCGUGUCUGCCACGAGUUCCAGCACUACCUGAUCACCACUAACUCGCUGCGCAAAUCUUUCCUGUCCAUCAAGGGUAUCUACUACCAGGCUACUAUUCAGGGACAAGAUAUUAUGUGGCUGGUUCCCUACCGAUUCGUCCAGCGUGUCAAUGGCGAUGUUGAUUACCGUAUUAUGGCUACCUUUGUUGAUUUCUACACCACCCUUGAUGAGAACGGUGCCGAGUUGGCUGCUUUCACCCUGGAAGGCCGCAACCUUACCGAUGCUCCCAAGGCUCUGGAGGCCAGCAAGUCCCAGAAGAAGAGCAACUCGAACAAGGAGGUUUCCAAGGCUGUUCAGGCUAAGGUUGACAAGGUCAUCAAGGCCGCUGGUUUGGACCAGACUACUGAGGAGCAGCCCAUGGACACAACAGAGGACGACACCGAGGCUAUCGACCGAUUCGAACCUGCUGCCCCCGAAGCCGACACUCUUCCCCAGCCCGACAUGAGCGGUAGCGAGGCCGGCUCUCUUUUCUCCCCCUUCGUCUUCUACAUCUCGCGUGAAGCACCCAAGGCUCCUCUCGAAUUUAUUCUGCGUUCCUUCGGCUGCAAGCGUGUUGGUUGGGAUGCCGUUAUGGGUGACGGUGCUUUCACUCACGAUGAGACCGACCCUCGCAUCACUCACCAGAUUGUCGAUCGUCCCCAGCUCCCAGAGUCUUCUCUCCCUGCCGUUCCCGCUGCCGACAACGCCAGCCAGAAGGUCAAGCCUGGUACUCGCAUUCCCGGUCGUACUUACGUCCAGCCCCAGUGGGUCUGGGACUGUAUCAACGACGGCAAGCUGCUCCGUGCUGACCUUUACGGACCUGGCGCCACUCUUCCCCCUCACUUGAGCCCUUGGGUCAAGGCUAGCCGCGGUGCUUACGAUCCUAAGGCUUCCCUGGCUGAGCAGGAGGAGGAAGGUGAAGCUGAGAUCGAGGAGGAGGCCGAGGACAGCGACGAGGAGAUGGAGGAUGAAGCCGCUGAAGAGAAGCCUGCUGCCAUUGCUGAGGAGUCUGAAGACGAGUCUGUUGAUGGUGGUAUGGAUAUCGCUGGCACUGAUGAUGAUGAGAGUGGCAGCGAGGAGGAGGAUGAGGAUGAGGACCUCGAGGGACUCGAGGAAAUCGAAGCCGCAUCUGAAUCCGAGGACGACGACGACGAGGCUGCUCGUAACCAGCACCAGCGUGAACUCGAGGCCGAGGCUGCUGGUCUGCCCUUCUCAUCCAACGGAGCUGAUGAGGCUUCCAAGAAGAAGAAGACCCAGACCAAGAAGCUCGCUGCUAAGAAGCGCCAGGAGGACGAGGAGCUUGAGCGACAGAAGAUGAUGAUGAGUCGCAAGAAGCGUAAGCUUUUGGAGAAGAUCAUCUACUCGAACAAGAAGACCGCCGACGAGGCUGCCAAGCUCCGGUCAAAGCGUCGCAAGUUCGAGAAGGCUGAGAAAUAG